GGGAGGUAUCUUAAGCUCCAAUUCAUUGGCGCGCUCACUAGAGGGCGCACUGCACCUUGCUUAGAACCCACUUGAUCGCAGCCUCACCUUGGCUGCUCAUCUCUCUCUCUCUCUCUCUCUCUCUCUCUCUCUCUCUCUCUCUCUCUCACCAGAGCGAGCGGCGUGCAGGCAGUUCUUGGUACGCACGCUUCCCCAUAUAUACCCCCCGCCAUACAUAGAGCUAGCCGCAAGCAGCCACCGAGCACCCGCCGAUCAUCGCCAUUGCAAGUGGCAACGGCCACCGACGUUGCCCCGGCUUCUAAUUUGUCGCCGUCGUCGGAGUAGAGAGAGAGAGAGAGAGAGAGAGGGGAGAGGGAGGAUCGGAAGAAUGGGACGGCUCUCCUGCGGCGGCGGCGGCGUGCAGCCCAAGCUCCGCAAGGGGCUGUGGUCGCCCGAGGAAGACGAGAAGCUGUACAAUCACAUCAUCCGACACGGCGUCGGGUGCUGGAGCUCCGUCCCCAAGCUCGCAGGUCUGCAGCGCUGCGGCAAGAGCUGCCGCCUGCGGUGGAUCAACUACCUCCGCCCCGACCUCAAGCGGGGCAGCUUCUCGCAGCAGGAGGAGGACCUCAUCGUCGCGCUCCACGAGAUCCUCGGCAACAGGUGGUCUCAGAUCGCGUCGCACCUGCCUGGGAGGACGGACAACGAGAUCAAGAACUUCUGGAACAGCUGCCUCAAGAAGAAGCUCCGGCAGCGCGGCAUCGACCCGAGCACGCACAAGCCCAUCGCCAGCGCGGAGGCGGGCACGGCAUUGCCGGACGCUGGGGACCACGACCACAAGCCCGCCGUCGCGGAAUCCGACGGCCUCGCAACGAAGCAGCCGGCCGUGUUCGACCCGUUCCCGGUGGCCGACUUCGCCUUCGACCUCGGCGCGGCCGGCGUGGCGGCAUUGUACGGCGCCCCCUACGACGACGUCGGCGGCAAGGCGUCCCCGGACGACGCCGCCGGGUUCGUCGCCGACUACAGCAGCGUGCUGGACGUGUCGGAGAACCUGGGCUACGGGGAGAGCUCCAGCAACAGCAGCAACUGGACCUGCGCUGAGAUGGGCGGCGCGGUGCUCGACAGCGAGGUGCUGCACUGGGCGUCAUCCGGCGCCGCCGCCACCGCGAAGCAGGAGCCGUACACGGACCUGGAGCGGCAGCACAGCGGGGGCUACGGCGGCGGCGGGCAGGCGGCGGACGACGACGACGCGCUGGAGCACAAGUUCGCGCUGCCCUGCGGCCAGGAGCAGAGCCUGGCGCAUUUCGACUUCAACCUGGAAUACUUCUGAUCCUCUCUUUUUUUGGCCUUCACCUCUGCCUCCCUGAAUUAUCGAUCCAUAUCCAUUCCCCUACGUUUUACACACAAGAGGAAGAAAGAGAAAACAUUGGAAGAUUAGGGAUUGUACGUAGUAGUAACCAAUAUGUUAAUUUUCUCUAGCCCACAACACACUUCCUUUUUUCUGUAUACUCUGCUUCUGCCUGAUCAGAAGAACAGUCAGUGGUACAUACGAGAAUAUUGUGUACGUACUAUAAACAAAGAUUUUUUUUGUAAAGAAUAAAUUAAUCUUGCAGUUAUAUACUAUUCCCUGUGA